AUGCAUGUACAUGCUGCUUUGAUACUCACUUCCGAUGGUCGACGAAUGUUUGAAGUCAGUGAAGAACUGGUGGAAGCGACGCAGAAAAACAACUAUACGUACAUCGUCUUCGAAGAGAGUAUACAGAGAAGAAUGAAGAAGAACGGGGUUACUGUAGAUAAUGAUGAAGAAGACGAGCCUGAAUCAGACCAGCUUAGAAGGCGAUCCACUGACAAUCGUGACCCCUAUGGAGACUUGAUCUUACGCAUAAUUGUUAACAUUCAUAUAAAAGAGAAAAACUAA